AAACCCAAGUACAGGUGCUAACUGCUUAAGUAGUUAAGCACAUUUAAGCAAAGAAAAAAAAGAAAAAAAAAACAUGAGAACAACUUUCAUUGAAAAUAAUAAACAAGGCAAAGUAGGUAUAGCUAUGCUUACUAAAAAUGAAGAUUGAAGCGUUCCGUUUGGAUCCUUAAACAACAAACUAUGGAAUCAGCUAGACAAUGGAUCUACUCUUUAUUGUUUUUCAGCUUCACUAUUGCUUCUUUGUAUCUUUUAGACACGCUAAUUAUCUCCACUAAACUAACCACUGAUUACCAAAAUAUCCAGCUCAAAAAGCAUCCCCAGCUGCCUCUUCGUUUCAACUCCGAUGGAACCUUCAAAAUCCUGCAGGUUGCGGAUAUGCACUAUGGGAAUGGGAUGGUGACUCGGUGUAGAGAUGUGUUGGUGAGUGAGUUCAAUUACUGUUCCGACCUCAACACUACUCAGUUCUUGAGGAAAAUGAUUGAUAUUGAAAAGCCAGACUUGAUUGUAUUUACUGGAGAUAACAUAUUUGGAACAAGUGCUACUGAUGCUGCAGAAUCUUUGUUUGAAGUUUUUGCUCCUGCUAUAGAAUCCAGAAUUCCAUGGGCAGCAGUUUUGGGAAACCAUGAUCAAGAAUCUACUAUGAAUCGUGAAGAACUGAUGUCUCUUAUCUCCCUGAUGGAUUAUUCAGUUUCACAAACUUUUCCAUCAACUAAAAUUACCUCGGAUCCGAUGGAACAACAACCAAUGACAAAUAUUGAUGGAUUUGGCAACUACAAUCUUGAAGUGCAGGGUGCACCUGGCUCAUACUUAAGUAACAGCAGCAUUCUUAGCUUAUAUCUUCUAGAUAGUGGAGAUAGAGCUAUUGUUAAUGGAUUCCGGACUUAUAACUGGAUCAGGGAAUCUCAACUAAGUUGGCUUCGCGGUGUUUCUGAAAAAUUUCAGGGACGAUGGAAGUAUGCUGAUCAAUCAUUGGAGAUUUAUCCGGUCCCAGUGAUGCAUCCUGCACUAGCAUUUUUCCACAUCCCAAUUCCAGAAAUCCGUCAAGGUCCUAUAAAAGAUAUUGUUGGCACGUACCGGGAAUAUGUGGCAUGUUCGUCAGUAAACUCUGGAGUCUUGAAGACACUUAUCUCUAUGGGGGAUGUUAAGGCUGUUUUCAUAGGUCAUGAUCAUACUAAUGAUUUCUGCGGGAAUCUAGAAGGUAUAUGGUUUUGCUACGGUGGAGGCUUUGGAUAUCAUGGUUAUGGUGUAGCUGGUUGGCCUAGAAGAGCAAGGGUAAUACAAGCAGAACUUGGGAAGGGAAAGGAAACGUGGAUGGGUGUGGAGAAGAUCAGGACGUGGAAACGACUUGAUGAUGGUGUACUGACUAAGUUUGAUGAGCAAGUCCUGUGGGACAGACAUUCAUGACGAUGAAAGUAUCAAGUAGAUACUGUUCUUUCAUAUUCUCUAUGGUUAUAUCCAUUUUUUAUUUUUUAACUUUUCAUCUUAACUCCCUAGUUUAUUCUGUUCUUAAGCGAAAUAGAUGUUUUGUCGAGCCUCACAAUCCAGUAGCUAGUAUAUUUGUUGUCUUUGACUAUUUGAUCUUACUAGAGGUAGUAACAUCUCUUUUCAUCUUC